UGAGGAGUGAGGACCACAGAGUUAUGUACCUAGAGCGCGCGAGCCAGACACUCUGGUGCGGCAACCGGAAGUACCUCGGCCGCCAUCUUUAGGAGCCCAGUCCAGCCAACUCUGUGCUUCAGCCGGCAACUUCAAAGUGGAGAGUGAGGGAAAGUGGGCUCCCCAAGAUGGCUGCCGCACCAGGGUAGCUUGCCUCACCCGCCGCCAACCCCACAACACGGGAGCGCGCGCUCUAGGUAUAUAACUCUGUGGUGAGGACGAGCGCGGCGCUUUGUAAACAACAUUCCUGUCAGAGAAAUGCUGAGGCGCGGAGCGCGGACGCGGGUCUGAGGUCGGUGACCUGAGGGAGCAACCCAUUAUAAAGGGUGUAGUCAAUAUUGAUUGAAUGACUAUCAAACUAAGACCAAAUCCUUAGUUGAAAGCUGGAAACUACAGAAGAAAAAAAAUCAGUGAAACAAAGGAAGGAAGACAAAGGAGAGAAACCUAAAAAGCAUUUCAAGGCAUCAGAGGUCUAAAGAAAACGUAACAUUUAAUGAAUCUUUCUUUGUGAUGACUCUCCUUGUAGUGGUCCUCCCUGUUCUUGUGAAAUUGUGACUUGCUGCUUAAAAUGGAAAAUAAGCCAUAGAGACACUGGAAGGGUACUCCAUGGUCAUUACUCUGGUUAUAGCUUGACAGCCAGCACAGACCCUUCUUUAGCUGGUGAAGUUCAAGAUUUGUAAACCGAAGCGUUUGACUGGCUGUAUCAUUUGGGUCUGCUCUGUUACAAAGUCCCCUGCCUCUCUGUACUAAAUUCAACAGUAUGGGCUCCUACAAGCGAGUAUUCAGCUUGGAGAGUCCUCAUGGGCCAGGAGGAGUUUUCUUCACCUGGCAAAAGGCCUCAGGUGGGUUUCUGGCUUCUACAGGCUACAAUCAGGUGGUCAACAUCUAUGACAGGCAUGGCAACCUGCGUGAACAGAUACACCUGCCAGGCGUGUGUUCAGGCUUCGGCUGGGAUAAGGAUGGUGCACUGCUGUCCAUCAUCAAUGACAGGUCUCCCCUUGUACAUGUGUGGGAUGCCAACUCAGGGCGAGUCCAGCACCUGGACUCUGGUCUCCGCGACACUCUCACCUUUCUGGCAUGGUCCCGUACAGCACCUCUGCUGGCUGUUGGCACUGCCAAAGGGAACUUAAUGAUCUACAACCACCAGACCUCUAGACGGAUUCCUGUAGUUGGAAAACACAGUAGAAAAAUUCAAAGUGGCAGUUGGUCGACAGCAAACCUUUUGGCCCUUGGAGGAGAAGACAAGAUCCUAACCGUUAGUAACAGUGAGGGAGACACCUUGCGAACCACACCUCUACGUGGAGAACCUUCUGACAUUCAGUUCUCUGAGAUGAAGCAAGAUGAAAGAGCCAUGUCUGAAAAUACAGUUAGUCUUAUUGUUGCAAAGAAGACAUUGUUUCUUUAUAAUUUGAAUGAUCCUGAAAACCCCAUAGAACUGGCAUUUGAGAGCAGAUAUGGCAGCAUUGUAACUUAUAAGUGGUAUGGAGAUGGUUAUAUUCUGUUGGGCUUCUCUGCUGGAUACUUUGUGGUCAUAUCUACUCAUCUGAAGGAAAUUGGACAAGAAUUGUUCCAGGCCAAGAACCAUCGGGACACCCUAAGUGACAUUGCUAUCUCCACCACUUUGAGCAAGGCUGCCUCAUGUGGGGACAAUUUCAUCAAGAUUCAUGAGUUGGCAAAUCUGAAGGAGACACAUGCAGUCGUCACAGUUGAUGAUGAGCGAGGGCUUGAUUGGUUGGAGUGGUCGGAUGAUGGACAGCUUUUGGCUGUGGCAUCACCAGCAGGUAACAUCCAUGUGUACCUGACCAAAUUACCAGUGUUGGGUGGUGCACAUGGUACCCGUGUGGCCUACCUCACCUCACUUUUGGAGGUGACAGCAACUAACAUUUUGGAAAAGGAAAAUACUGUGACAGUGAGUGUUGAUGUGGAGCCCACUUUCCUUGGGGUGGGUCCCUAUCAUCUGGUAGUGGGCAUGAACAACCGAGCUUGGAUAUACAGCCUUGGAGAAGACUCAGCUAUGCUGCUGCGAGACAGAGAGUACCUUGGCACCAUCACAUCCGUCCGGGUUAAUGGGGACUAUGCCUCUGUACUGUAUGAGGGCAAGAUCCAAUUUCAUCUGCUGGAAGGGGAGACUGGAGAGGAUGAGGAGCGAGAGGCACGUCUCUUCCCAGACCCAGACCAGGCGGACAUGCAUAUCACUGAUCAUGCUCUCACAGCAGACUUUUUGGUGUACUCUACUGAUACUGGGGGUCUUUUCUUCUUCUUUAUUGAGGACUGGAAGAUGGUGAGUGACUAUCGACACAUAGCAGAGGUCACCAACAUCUAUUCUGAGCCCUCAGGGCGCCGUUUGGUCAUAGUGGACACCAAAGGCGAGGGAUACUUGUACAACCCAGUUAAUGACGACCUACUGGAGGUUCCUCAAUUCCCAGGGUCAUGCCGGGGCUGCUUGUGGGAGAACUCUUCAACUGACAGGAAUGUUUUUGCCCUGUUUGAUGAGAAGCAGCUCUAUACAUACAUCUACCACCAGGAGCACAUCAAAGGUCACCAUUUGGAGUUGAUUGGAAUGACCAAAUUCCCUACGAGUCAGACACCUCUGCUUCUCUACAAUGGUGAGGUGACCCUGCAGACAGCCUCAGGCAAGGCAGUGCCAUUGACCUUGUCAUCACAUGAGAUGGAGGCUAACAUUCAUGACUAUUCCCAUGACCAGCUGAGAACAGCUCUCAAAAAGAACAUAGCUCUCAGAAGGUUUAAGGAUGCUAGUGCCAUCUGUCAGGUGCUGAACAGUAAGCAGGACUGGGAGGACCUAGGCAAAGGUUGCCUCUGGUGUCUCAACCUAGAGCUGGGCAUGCGGGUAUUCCGGCAGUUGGGGGAUGUGGGCAUGGUGUGGUCCCUGCAGAGUCUGAUGGACUUGGAGGAUCCACUGUUGCUUAGUGGUCACCUUGCCAUGUUCCUCAAUGAGUUCAACCUAGCACAGGAUCUAUAUCUCCGUUCAUCAUCACCUGUGGCUGCACUGGAAAUGCGGCGUGACCUGUUGCACUGGGACCAGGCACUUCAACUUGCCAAGAAGCUUUCCCCAGACCAGAUCCCCUUUAUCUCCAGGGAAUAUGCUCAGCAACUUGAAUUCAUAGGAGACUAUCCUGGUGCUCUCACUCACUAUGAGCGUGGUGUAGUCAACACAGGGAGCUCUGAAGACCACAAUGCUGCAUGCAAGGCUGGGAUUGCUCGCACAGCACUUCGCUGUGGAGACAUCAGAAGAGGAGUCAACAUUGCUGCAGAGAUGAACAGUCGAAUGCUUAAAAGAGAGUGUGCAGAGAUCCUUGAGAGCAAAAAGCAAUACUCUGAAGCAGCAGUACUGUAUGAAAGUGGCAGUUUCCAUGAGAAGGCUGCUAGUUUAUACAUUAGACUCAAGAAUUGGAACAAAGUUGGACAGCUGCUAGUCAACAUCAAUUCUCCAAAGAUGCAUUUGCAGGUAUAUUAUAUUUCUAUUUGUCUUUAUUAAUUAUAAGAA